CUCUUCCCUUGACCGGUCCUCUGACCAUUUGAAAAUAAGAAAGUCGCGCAGUAUCCAAGCGACGUUCCUAAAUGACCAGCCCCACUGCACCCGUCAUCGUCCUCACAGGAACACCAGGCACUGGAAAAACUUCGACAGCGCAGCUCCUCGUGGACGAGUCUCCGAUACCGCUGAAACACGUCAAUGUCGGGGAACUUGUAAAACAAAACGGAUGGUUUGAUGAGUUUGAUCAAGAAUGGCAAAGUUAUACGAUCGACGAGGACAAGGAGGACCAACUACUGGACGAACUAGAGACCGUCGUAGCUGCUGGAGGGGUCAUCCUUGACUGGCAUACUUGUGAAGCUUUCCCCGAACGUUGGGCAGAUCUUGUUGUCGUCUUGCGAUGUGAUCAUUCAAAAUUGUGGGAACGUUUACAAAAGCGGAACUAUCCACUGAAAAAAAUCCAAGAGAACAACGAGGCUGAGAUCAUGCAAGUUGUUCUCGAAGAAGCCCGAUCCUCUUUCCCCCCUGAAAUUGUGGUCGAACUGCCAAGCGAGACGAUGGAUGAUCUACAGGCGAAUGUUGCGAGAAUAGUGGAAUGGAUUGCAACAUGGCGGAAGGAACGCGGGUUUGCUUGAAGCACCAAACGGACAUACGGGAUCGGCCGCGGCAAGCCACACACAUGCGACGUCUACCAAGCGAUAC